AAACGGUGGCAACGGCCUGAGUUUCGCCGAGACCAGCGUGACAGCGAGCGACUCGAAUGACAGAACAGGAACGCAAGGACGUACCUAACCUCAAGCAGGAGCGGGCCACUCCGCCGCGCAAGAUUCGUCACCGAUGGACACGAACACAAGCACGGUCCUGCCCGAUGUUGGUUGAUUCGCGCGCAAAAAGAUAGAUAUAAAGGAGAUUAUUUUCUGAAAAGUGAUUGAUCGGCUUGGGAUUCUUGUCAAAAAGUCAUAAAGUUCAAUUGGCAUCGGUGCAGCACGAAGAAGCCGCGUGUGAAGAGUACAUCGUAUGACGGCGGGACCACCGUGACACCGAGGGCGACGUGACGUAACGACCCUUGAACCCACUUGAGCUUAGCUCGUGUCCACUCGUACGAUAUCGCGCCACUGCUUACAGUGGCUUUACUGCAACAACGUAUUAUAAGUUGGGCACUCUUGGCGAGUCGGUGCGUCGCGCGCGAUCCAGUCUUGGACCUUCCUUAGUUCGGUGAUCCUCUGACACGGCUCGACCUGCAGGAAGGAACUUCAUCCGCGCUCCAUUCUUACAAUUAGAUAUCACUUGAUGUAGGAGGAGAAACGGCGCGAGGAACGUAACUGGGCUGUAUGUUACGUCGUAUUCUGGACUCUCUGUUUUUCGGUAACGACGCGGUGAGCGCGGAAGAAACGGAAACCGAUUCUUCGAGCGGAGAUUCCAGUCAGGAGAUCAUCGAUUGUGUUGGUCCUUCCUCGAGGUCAAUUCGCGACAAAGAGAUGUCGGAGGCACCGGUGAGCUUUGUCGUCGGGGAGCCUGAUCCCGAUCCUGAUCCUAGCGAGGUGCAAGAGAUCGAGGAUAGCUUCCCGAACGUGGGGAGCGAUAGCGUCAAUUCGCAAACACAAACCCAUGUCAUGCCAGGACUGGUAGAGCGCCGUAAGCGUCUCAGGCCUAGCAUGUCGCAGGGCACGGUGAUGAUUCAAACGCCAAAUCGGCUCCAAGAGAAGGACUUCACUAUCGCGACUCCCGAAGAAUUUGUUCAUCGUUUCGGAGGCACCAAGGUUAUCAACAAGGUGCUGAUCGCCAAUAAUGGUAUCGCGGCAGUUAAAUGCAUGCGAUCGAUUCGACGUUGGUCGUAUGAGAUGUUUAAGAACGAGAGAGCUGUGCGUUUCGUGGUGAUGGUCACUCCGGAAGAUCUAAAAGCGAAUGCGGAGUACAUCAAAAUGGCAGACCAGUACGUACCAGUACCGGGUGGCAGCAACAACAACAAUUACGCUAACGUGGAACUAAUCGUCGAUAUCGCGAUACGUACUCAGGUCCAUGCAGUUUGGGCCGGAUGGGGCCACGCUUCUGAAAAUCCAAAACUUCCGGAAUUGCUCCACAAAAAUAACAUCUGCUUUAUUGGACCGUCCGAGAGAGCCAUGUGGGCUUUAGGUGACAAAAUCGCAUCCAGCAUAGUUGCUCAAACUGCGGAUGUGCCGACUCUUCCUUGGUCAGGAUCGGAUUUGACAGCGCAUUACAGUGGAAAAAAGAUUAAGAUAUCGUCGGAACUUUUCAAGAAGGGAUGCGUCGCCACUGUAGAAGAAUGUCUGGCGGUGGCAAACAAGAUUGGCUUCCCGGUCAUGGUGAAGGCAAGCGAGGGUGGCGGCGGUAAAGGCAUCAGAAAAGUUGAAAACGCCGAGGAAUUACCCGCAUUAUUCAAACAAGUGCAGACAGAAAUACCUGGUUCGCCAAUAUUUAUCAUGAAGCUGGCCAAAUGUGCUCGGCAUUUAGAAGUACAAUUAUUAGCUGAUAAUUAUGGUAACGCGAUAUCGCUGUUUGGACGCGAUUGCUCUAUUCAAAGGAGACAUCAAAAAAUUAUUGAGGAGGCGCCGGCUGUGAUUGCUAAGCCGGAGGUUUUUGAAGAGAUGGAAAAGGCCGCUGUGAGACUAGCAAAAAUGGUAGGAUAUGUCAGCGCGGGUACCGUGGAAUAUCUAUAUGACACGUCUGGCAGAUAUUACUUCUUGGAGUUGAAUCCGCGCCUUCAGGUGGAACAUCCUUGUACUGAAAUGGUGUCGGAUGUAAACUUGCCAGCGGCCCAAUUACAAAUAGCGAUGGGCUUACCCUUACAUCACAUCAAGGAUAUACGUCUUUUAUAUGGUGAAAGCCCCUGGGGUGAUAGCCCGAUUGAUUUUGAUCAGCCGCAUCACAAGCCUCAACCUUGGGGUCACGUAAUCGCAGCUAGAAUCACCAGCGAAAAUCCCGACGAAGGCUUUAAACCGAGUUCCGGGACGGUGCAAGAGUUGAAUUUUCGAUCUUCCAAGAACGUAUGGGGCUAUUUCUCGGUCGGUGCUUCGGGGGGACUUCAUGAAUUUGCUGACUCGCAAUUUGGUCAUUGUUUCUCAUGGGGCGAAGACCGCAUUCAGGCUAGAGAAAAUUUAGUCAUAGCCCUGAAAGAAUUAAGUAUUAGGGGCGAUUUUAGGACCACAGUUGAAUAUCUCAUUACUCUUCUGGAAACAGAAUCCUUUCAACAGAAUAAUAUAGACACCGCUUGGCUCGACGCACUGAUCUCGGAACGUAUCCAUAGCGAUAAACCAGACGUCUUACUGGCUGUCACCUGCGGAGCACUUCAUAUCGCCGAUAGAACAAUCACAGCCGCUUUUACUGGAUUUCAGACCGCCUUGGAAAAAGGUCAAAUACAGGCUAGCAAUGAUUUAGACAACGUUGUUGAUGUAGAGCUUAUCAACGAUGGAUAUAAGUACAAAGUACAAGCUGCCAAAUCCGGUCCCAAUAGCUAUUUUCUCGUGAUGAACGGUUCUUACAAAGAGGUUGAAAUUCAUCGCAUGUCAGACGGAGGUUUGCUGCUUUCACUGGACGGUGCGAGUCUCACGACUUAUAUGCGGGAGGAGGUGGAUCGUUAUAGAAUCAUGUUGGGAAAUCAGACAUGUAUUUUUGAAAAGGACAACGAUCCAUCUUUACUGAGAUCACCAUCGGCCGGCAAGCUAAUCAAUUUUUUGGUCGAAGACGGCGGUCAUGUGAAUCCCGGUCAGGCGUAUGCCGAAAUUGAAGUGAUGAAAAUGGUCAUGACUGUUACUGUUAGCGAAGCGGGUAGCAUUUUUUACGUGAAGCGACCUGGUGCUGUACUGGAAGCCGGUACUCUGAUAGCGCAUCUCGAAUUGGACGAUCCGUCGCUGGUGACGAAAGCGCAAGAGUACACGGGACCGUUCCCAGCAGCGGCCACGCUCGCUGUACCGGAGAAAUUAAAUCAUCUUCAUGCUAAAUAUCGAACCGCCUUGGAAAAUACAUUGGCUGGAUAUUGUCUGCCGGAUCCGUUCCACUUGCCACGUUUGCGAGAACUAAUCGAGAAAUUCAUGAGUUCGUUGCGCGAUCCCAAUUUACCGUUGUUGGAAUUGCAGGAGGUAAUUGCAACAAUAUCCGGUAGAAUCCCCAUUUCGGUAGAGAAGAAGAUUCGCAAAUUGAUGUCAUUAUACGAGCGAAACAUCACGUCGAUCUUAGCCCAAUUUCCUAGUCAACAGAUUGCUGCCGUGAUCGAUGGACAUGCGGCGACUCUGUCCAAGAGAGCCGAACGCGAUGUAUUUUUCUUGACGACUCAAGCCAUCGUGCAACUCGUACAGAGAUAUCGAAAUGGUAUACGAGGUCGAAUGAAAACCGCCGUGCACGAACUACUGCGACAAUAUUAUACGGUCGAGAGCCAGUUCCAGCAGGGUCAUUAUGACAAAUGCGUUUCCGCGCUGAUAGAGAAGUACAAGGACGACGUGGCAACCGUCACUGAUAUGAUUUUCAGUCACAAUCAAGUGACGAAGAAGAACGUCUUAGUCACUAUGCUGAUCGAUCAUUUAUGGGCCAACGAGCCCGGUCUUACCGAUGAGCUUUCGAACACAUUGACCGAACUGACUAGCUUGAAUCGCACGGAACACAGUCGUGUUGCAUUGAGAGCCAGACAAGUGUUGAUUGCAGCCCAUCAACCCGCCUACGAGCUUAGACACAAUCAAAUGGAGUCGAUAUUUCUUUCGGCAGUGGAUAUGUACGGGCAUGACUUUCAUCCAGAGAAUUUGCAGAAGCUCAUUCUUUCAGAAACGUCCAUCUUUGAUAUUCUUCAUGACUUCUUUUAUCAUACUAAUCGCGCAGUGUGUAAUGCCGCUUUGGAAGUCUAUGUUCGACGAGCUUACAUUAGUUAUGAAUUCACAUGUUUGCAACAUCUAGAGCUAUCCGGCGAGAUUCCGCUGGUAUAUUUCCAAUUCGUUUUACCCAGCAAUCAUCCGAAUCGUCAGAAUCAAUCUUUGAUAGAUUAUAGAGCCGGCGCGAUGGUGGCUUUCCAGGAUCUCGAGCAAUUCACCCAAUAUGCAGACGAAGUCUUAGAUCUGUUGGAAGAUCUGUCGAGUCCUUCACCGGUAGUAUCUACGAAAUUGUUGGAUGCGGUGGACGCUGCCGGCAGCGAGUCGCGGCACAGCACAUCCAUCAACGUGUCCUUGAGCAUGGCGACGGAUGGAAUAACGACCGUGGCGGCGCCGACCAACGACAAAAUCACCGAACCGGUUCACAUAUUGAGUAUUGCAGUCAAGGAUAGUGGCACUGAAGAUGAUGCCACUAUGUCUCGAUUAUUUGGAGAUUGGUGCGCUAACAACAAAGAUGAAUUGAUAUCCCACGGGAUUCGUAGAGUAACGUUCGCCGUGCUCAAGAAAAGACAAUUCCCCAAGUUCUUUACCUACCGUCAGCGAGAGGGUUUCGUUGAAGACAGAAUCUAUCGGCAUCUCGAGCCCGGUUGUGCCUUCCAAUUGGAAUUAAAUCGUAUGCGAACAUACGAUCUUGAGGCACUUCCGACGUCGAAUCAAAAGAUGCAUCUGUAUCUCGGCCAAGCCAAAGUCGCCAAGGGCCAGCAAGUUACCGAUUAUCGUUUUUUCAUUCGUUCAAUUAUACGUCACUCUGAUCUUAUCACGAAGGAGGCAAGUUUCGAUUAUCUUCACAACGAAGGCGAACGCGUUUUGCUCGAGGCUAUGGACGAAUUAGAGGUCGCGUUUUCGCAUCCUCUUGCUAAACGCACUGAGUGUAAUCAUAUCUUCUUGAAUUUCGUACCCACAGUCAUUAUGGAUCCAAAUAGAAUAGAGGAGAGUGUGACUAGUAUGGUGUUGCGAUACGGGCCGAGAUUAUGGAAGUUGCACGUACGACAAGCGGAGAUCAAGAUGACCAUACGGCCCGCGCCAGGAAAACCGACCUCUAACGUGCGCCUUUGUAUCGCCAAUGACAGCGGAUACAGCAUCGAUUUACAUCUUUAUAGGGAGGCCACUGAUCCCAAGACGGGUAUCAUCCAUUUCGAGUCUUAUCCACCCACAACGGCGAAUGCAACGAAUUGGAGACCGGGUCCUAUGCACGGAUUACCGAUCUCCACGCCGUACCUGACCAAGGAUUAUCUUCAGGCAAAGAGAUUCCAGGCGCAGAGCGCCGGUACUACUUACGUCUACGAUUUGCCGGACAUGUUUCGACAACAAGUCGAGAAAUUAUGGCAAAAAUACAUAGAAGAGAGGCCAUUGAAUGAUGGUCAGAAUCCGAUCAUCAUUCCUAAUCCAGUCAUGGACGUCGUGGAGUUGGUGCUAGAUGGGGAACAAUUAGUUGAACAGAAGCGACUGCCAGGCGAGAACGAUGUCGGCAUGGUCGCGUGGCGAUUGACCUUGUAUACUCCGGAAUGCCCGUUCGGUCGGGACAUUAUACUCAUCGCCAAUGAUCUUACUUAUCUAAUAGGCUCGUUCGGAAUACGCGAGGAUUUACUGUUUUGCAGAGCUUCCGAGAAGGCGAGACAGCUUGGAUGUCCGCGGAUAUAUUUUGCUGCCAAUUCCGGCGCCCGUAUUGGUCUGGCAGAGGAAGUAAAGGCUCUUUUCAAAAUCGCGUGGGAAGAGGAGAACGAACCGGAGAAAGGCUUCAAAUAUAUAUAUCUCACGCCGGAUGAUUAUGCGCGUCUAGCAUCUUUUAAUUCGGUGAAGGCUUCACUAAUCGAAGAUCCCGCGGGCGAGUCCCGUUACAGGAUCACAGAUAUUAUCGGCAAGGACGACGGCUUAGGAGUGGAAAAUCUCAAGUACGCCGGUUUGAUCGCAGGCGAAACGUCACGGGCCUACGAGGAGAUAAUUACAAUUUCUAUAGUAUCGUGCCGUGCAAUUGGUAUCGGCACUUAUCUAGUGCGUCUCGGCCAGAGGGUGAUACAGAUCGAGAACUCGCACAUUAUUUUGACCGGUUAUCGAGCGUUAAACACCGUACUGGGUCGCGAGAUUUACGCCAGCAACAAUCAGCUGGGUGGCACGCAAAUUAUGUACAACAACGGAGUGUCUCAUGCGAUCGAUGCCCGGGACAUGGACGGAGUGGCGACCGCCUUAAAGUGGCUCACUUACUUCCCCAAAAACAAGGGUGCCCCAUUACCGAUACUAUUAUCCGUUACGGAUCCGAUCGAUCGUGAAAUUGCUUAUGUGCCUACGAAAACAGCCUACGAUCCGAGAUGGAUGCUAGAAGGCAAAUAUUGCAACGAUUCAAAUGCUUGGGAGAGCGGCUUCUUCGACCGAGGUUCCUGGCACGAAAUAAUGAGGCCGUGGGCGCAAACUGUGGUGACCGGACGAGCCAGACUUGGUGGUAUACCGUGCGGCGUUAUCGCCGUUGAAACGAGGACCGUCGAACUGCAUUUGCCGGCCGAUCCAGCCAAUCUGGAUUCCGAAGCUAAAACCAUAUCUCAAGCGGGACAAGUUUGGUUCCCAGACAGCGCGUACAAAACUGCACAGGCUAUCCAAGAUUUUGGAAAGGAGGAGCUACCGUUAUUUAUCUUUGCUAAUUGGAGAGGCUUCUCCGGAGGCAUGAAAGACAUGUACGAACAAAUUGUCAAGUUCGGCGCGUACAUCGUUGAUGGGCUGCGGCAAUAUUGCAAGCCGAUAUUCGUUUAUAUCCCACCGAAUGGAGAACUCAGAGGUGGUGCUUGGGCGGUCGUGGAUCCUACGAUAAAUCCUCGUUGCAUGGAGAUGUUUGCCGACAAUACUAGCAGAGGUGGCGUCUUGGAAGCCGAUGCGAUUGUAGAAAUUAAAUUUCGAAACAAGGACAUUGUGAAAACAAUGCAUAGAGUCGAUUCCGUUAUACAAAAGUUAAAGGAGAAAUUGUCAACUGUAAAUACAACGGAGGAACGAAUUGAGCUCGAAGCACAGAUUCGUAAACGCGAGAAGAUUCUAGAACCAAUUUACCGUCAAGUCGCCAUUUAUUUCGCCGACUUGCAUGACACGCCGGAGAGAAUGUUAGAGAAGAAUACGAUUCAAGAGAUAAUACCAUGGAAGAAGGCACGACGGUUACUUUACUGGCGAUUACGACGCAGGCUUCUAGAGGAAGAAAUUAAGAAUGAAAUCUUAUCGACACAGCCGAAUCUCGAUGUCAGGCAAGUGGGAGCAAUGUUGCGGCGCUGGUUUAUCGAGGACAAGGGAACGACGGAAUCGUACUUGUGGGAUCAAGAUGAGGCUGCGACCUGUUGGUUAGAGGCACAACGUAAAACGGACGAUAGUGUCGUGUCGCGAAAUAUAAUGUGCGUAAAAAGAGACGUGGUGGUGACGCGUAUCAAGGAGGCUCUGGAUACCUAUCCGGAAAUCAGACUGAACGCGGUUCUGGAAAUUGCGCACAGAUUGCAACCGGCCGAACGAGCAGAGUUGCAGAAAACUUUGUCGCAAUUGGAAACAACGGGGCAAGAGCAGGACACGGACAUUUUGUCCUGAGUGUUUCACGUGUAAGCGUACUUGUCGCACGCUUCAUUCAUUCCAGUUUAUUAAAUGCUCGUAAAUAGUACAAUUCAUCGUCAGAGACAUGCAUUGAUUCGUAUCAGUUUUCACAAAUAUUCCUUGUUAUCGAGGAUAAAUAAUCAAGUAAAAGAUAUUUUUCAAAAGAGAGAGAACUUUCCAAAUUUCGAUAAAAAAAAAAAAAAAAACUAUCACUGCCAUUCUAUUACCGUGGCGAAUUUAUGGAUUAUACUUACAUUGUAAUGUGACGAAAGAUUCGAGAUUCCCAAAAUAUUGCAUGUUUUUUCAGUUAUGUUACUUUCGUCGCAGUCUGAAAAUAUAUACAGAUUUGUAUAAUAAGUUAUUAUAAACUACACAAUUAA